UCUCCCCACUCUGCACCGAGUUCGAAUCCCUCCCGUCAUUUAGAUGUUUGUGGCGCUCACAACGCUCAAAAUUUCGUCCCUCAUCCUCCGCUUCGCACCCCUAAAGCAGCCGCGCAUCAGCAGCCCUGUUUGCGUGACGAGGAGUCCACGGCCCCUUGCAGCAUUUAGGGUUUAAUCAUAUUUGGAUCAAACCUUUGAAAUUUCCUUAAAAUGAUGACCCUUUCUUCAAUCUCUCGGUUCAUGUCCUCCUCAGUUGGCCUCAAAAGUCACAAAUUCUCAAUCUUGCGGUUCUCUUCUGCCUCAGAUGGGGAGAUAGUCUACAAUCGGCUGCAGGAAAAUGGUGGCAACAUUGAGCAAACCCUUUCAUCAAUCAAUGUCCAUUUGGACUCCAAAUGUGUAAGUCAGGUCUUAAAGAGAUGCUAUCCUAGCCAAUCCCAAAUGGGUCUUAGGUUUUUCAUAUGGGCUGGUCUUCACUCCAGUUAUAGGCAUAGCUAUUUUAUGUACAGCCAAGCUUGUGAACUGUGUGAGAUUAAGCUAAACCCAAGUGUGAUUUUUGAUGUUUUGGAAGCUUAUAGAAUUGAAGGGCGCGUUGUUAGUCUUAAGGCAUUUAAGGUUGUCUUUAAUUUAUGUAAAGAAGCUAAGCUUGCCGAUGAAGCUUUGAGGGUAUUAAGGAAAAUACCGGAUUUUGGUUUGCGUCCAGAUACUACUGUGUAUAAUGUUGUUAUAAGGUUGUUUUGCGAUAAAGGUAAUAUGAAUGUGGCUGAAAGAUUGGUGAAAGAGAUGGGCUUGGUGGAUCUUUUGCCUGAUUUGAUCACAUACGUGGUAAUGAUUAAUGGGUUUUGUAAGGUGGGUCGGUUAGAUGAUGCUUGUGGGUUGUUUAAGGUUAUGAAGGGACAUGGUUGUUUGCCUAAUGCUGUGGUGUACUCGGCACUUCUUGAUGGGUUUUGUAGGUCUGAGAAUAUGGAGAGAGCUUUGGAGUUAUUGACAGAGAUGGAGAAGGAAGGUGGGGAUUGUAGCCCUAAUGUAGUAACAUAUACGUCUGUGAUUCAAAAGCUUUGUGACAAAGGUCGGUCGAAGGAGGCGUUGGUUAUUUUGGACCGAAUGGAAGCUUGUGGAUGUGCCCCAAGUCGCGUAACGGUUAGUAUUCUAAUUAAGAGUUUUUGCGUGGAGGAUCAAGUUGAAGAGGCUUAUAAACUGAUUGAUAGAGUUGUUGUGGGACGUAGUGUUACAUAUAGUGAUUGCUAUAGCUCUCUUGUUGUGUCUUUGGCAAGAGGUAGAAAACCUGAAGAGGCAGAGAAGGUCUUGAGGAUGAUGCUUGAUAGUGGGUUGAAACCAAAUAGUUUGGCGUGUAGCAUUAUGUUAAAAAAGGUUUGUUUGGAAGGACGGGUGAUAGAUGGAUUUUGCUUGUUUGAUGAACUUGAGAAGAUGGAAUGCUUGUCUUCCAUUGACUCUGAUACUUACUCAAUUCUUUUAGUGGGCCUUUGUGAGCAAAGGCAUUUAUUGGAGGCUGCAAAGCUGGCAAGGCUAAUGCUAAACAAAGGAAUUAAGCUGAAAGCUCCUUAUGUUGACAGUAUAGCUGAGAUCCUGAAGAAAUCCGGAGAUGAGGAGUUAGUUAAGCAUGUGAGUAGAAUUGCAUUUUGAAGUUGAACAAAAGAAAAUGCUCACCUGUUUUUAUGGCUUUUCUUUUCUUAUCUGGAAUUGGGUUCUUCUACUAAGCUCAAAGUCUCAAACCAAGUAGAAAACAAUCAUUGAGUUAAGUUGGUAGGUGUGGAAGAAGGGAAUUCAUGCCCUGGAAAUACAAUUUUGGUAGCAGAAGCAUUGUUGGUUCGGAUGCAAAACGGGUUUAUUGGCGCAGGGGCUCAUGUGCUGUUUUACCCAACUCUGCUUUACAAUGUCAUUGGGAAUAAGCUUUAGGCUGAGUUUCUGUGGUGGGACAAGGUCGAUGAGUGCCACGGAAGUAACCAUCUGGUGAUUCCUACAAGAGAUUACUGCUUUGCACCAUCACUGAGUGAUACAUGUUGUGCUGUAGACUUCAUUCAUGAUGACACCUGAUUCUGCCUAUGAAUGAAUAUCUGAAGUCAAUUUGUCCAAGGUUGCUUUUAGCCUCUUCUCAGUGACAGGAGAACACUGAAGAUUUACGGAAGGCAACUGAACCAGAGGCUGAGGUUGUACAUGAACCAGCUGUGGGAGAAAAGACAAAUGCUGGUGAGACUGAAAAUGAAGAUAUAACAAAGAUAAGAAAAAGGAAAAUGUAGAUCCAAGUACGGAAGGUACCUCUUUGAGCACCCAAACAGUGCGAGUGCCAAUUACGUUCUGACUCACAAUGCUGAACAUGAAUCUUGCGUAAGAAGGGAUACUCCCCAGAAACCCUGGACCAAGGAUCAAACCUGCCUGCAUGCAAUUUACGUAUAUAGUAUAGAUACGUUAACAUCCAGCAUUUGAGAGAGACGGGAAUUCCAAAACACCUGAGAAUGUGAUGAAGGAUUUGGGUGGUGAAGAAAGCCAAACCCAUUUGCCUUUCGAGGACUGGAAAUGUAGAACUUCCGUCUCCACCGGACACAGCACCACCAUCAGUCCAAGUACCGACAGAGUGAACUCUGGGAGGGAUUUCCAUGCAAACAAGGGUUAUAUUAUCCUCUGUUACGUUUAACCACAAUACUUGUGAAAGAUUCUUCAUGAUUUCAACUCUCUCUCCAUUUCUUAUAUAUUAUAUCGUACAGAUAUGUGAUAAUUUAUAUUC